AUGUCAACAUUACAAGAGGAAGUUCCAACGAAUACUUCUGAGGACUUCGGUUUUAAAAGUUUAGGUCAAAAAAAUAUUCUACCGUCCUCAGAAGAAAAAUUACCAUUUGCAUCUUUAGAGCAUUUUAGCAUUCUCAAUGGGAAAUUAUUAUACAUUGCAUAUUCUAAUGAUAGAUUGAUAAUUGGGGACUUACAAGUACUGAGAGAAUUUGUUCAAAAUAAAGAAGAGCUUAAUAGAGACGAACUAGAGAAAUUGUUUGAAGAAACAAUUCCAGAUGUGAUAUUUUGUGGAUUUAAUGCAAACGCUAAAGCAAUAAUCGUUACCAAAUCUGGAUCAUUAAUUACAAUUGAUUCAACCUCUUUUGAAAAAUCUCAGGAAUCAAUUGAGUUAAACAGAACAAUCCUUACAGCUAAAUUAUUUCAUAAUUUACUAUGGAUUUUGGACAACACAAAUCAUUUGUUUUAUUUUGAUCCAAUAAAUAACAAAACUUCUGAAAAUAUUCAAGAUAACGUUAAUUCAUUCGAUCUUUAUGAAGAUAAAUUAUAUCUAUUAUUAAAUAGUGAGACUGAAAAUAUACAAAUAUUGAAAGGUGAAAGAUCACCAGAAUUAGUAAAAUCCUUCUCUAACCCAGAAGAAAUUAAUAAUAUAAUUAAUGAUGAUGGUCUGAAACCAAUAAAUAUUUCCGUUGUUUCUAAAAAAAGAUUCUUAAUAGUUUAUGGUAACGAUGUAUCCCCAGAGGAAGAAGACGUCAGUUAUGAUCAAAAAAUGUACAUUGCAGAAUUAAAUAAUGAUGAAACAUCCCUAAUAUUCCAUGAAUCAUUUGAUAUUGACCCACCUUUCGGUAGCGUUUUGAGAUAUCCACAUUUCUACAAUGUCGUCUUUAAAAAUUUAAUUCCAGAUUAUGAAUAUAUUAGCGUAUUGGGAUCAUCCUGCGCCAGUGAAUUAACUAUAUAUGAUUCGAAAGAAGUUGUUCAACCUUCACAAGAUAGCGAAAGAGCUGUACUACCUAUUAGUCAAAUAACAGAUAAUGACACAAACCCAACAGGUUUAGCAUUAGAUAUAUCUACUAAUGGUAAAAUAUUUGACGUAUGUUUGGGAGUUGAUGAGGUUGAAAAAUUACCAUUAUUAUACAUACUAAAUAAUGAAGGUGACUUACAAAUUGUGGGUUUAUUCUAUUCAACCGCAAUCAAAGAAGGGAAAUUUAAUAUGUCCAGUUUGGAAGAUGAUCUUCAUAAAAAUAAUAGAAUUGCGCCUUUAGUAUCUAAGGAUUCCUCUGUUACAAAUACAAGUGAUAAACAGCCCACACAAGUUAAGAAAGAUAUAAAAGAAGAUUACGGUGGUAAAGAUUCCCAAAAUAAAACUACAUUCGUUGAAAGGUAUGUUCCUACUUCGGAAAAUUCUUUAGCUUUGAAGAAUGAUAGUUCUACUUUGGUAUCACCUUUUGCAAGCCUUUCUAAUAAAGCAACCUCUGAAGAUAAAACAGCCGAAGCAGUAGCAACAGCAUUCAAUUCAAAUAAACCAUUUUCAUUUGGAAAAACAUCUACUCCUCAGUCAUCAUUAGGUCAGACUUCAUUCGGUCAAACUUCAUUCGGUCAAACUUCAUUCGGUCAAACCUCUUUUGGUCAAAAGCCAGAUAUUGAAACACACGAAACAAGCUCAUACGCAUUUGGUAAGCCUGCCUUUGAAAACUUGACUUCGAGUAAACUACCCGAUAAUAAAAUAUCAGAACAAAGUAAACAAGAAGAACCACCGUUAACUUCCAAUUUGAAUGCGACAAAUGAGAAUAAAUCCAAAACAAAUAUGUUUGGAUUCAAUUCAACAAGUUCUGAAGUAAAGAAAACCGAACAAAAUUCCAAUUUGUUUGGGAAACAAUCUUUUGGGGCACCAUCUUUCGGGGCACCUUCAUUUGGGGCACCAUCUUUCGGGGCACCUUCAUUUGGGGCACCAUCUUUCGGGGCACCUUCAUUUGGUGCAUCGGCGUCGAAUACUGAAGAUAAGUCUACGGAAUCUGCAUUUGGAAAACUUUCUUUCGGGACUCCAUCAUUUGAACAAUCUAGUAACCCUGUUGCGUCCAUUAAUAAUACAGGAUCAGUAUUUGGUUCUAUUGGAAAACAGGAUUCGCCAUUUGCUAACCUUGGAAAGCAGGAUUCGCCAUUUGCUAACCUUGGAAAACAGGAUUCGCCAUUUGCUAAUAUCGGGAAACAAGAAUCACCUUUUGCAAAUUUAGGAAAGUCAAAUUCACCUUUUGGUAGUUCUAAUAAAGCUUCAUCAGACAUAGAAAAAGAAGAAAAGAUAGAAGUUUCCGAAAAUGAAGAAAAUGCAAAUAAUCUUGCAAAACAAGAUGAUAAUGAAUCACAAGAAGUUAUUGAGAAAAAGACAGAAUCUACCAUCGAAUCUUUGACUAAUAAGAUUAAAAAAUCGGCUAAUAUGACAACUGGUCCUCUAGAAUUAACUCCUUUUAAUAAGCCUACUAUGGAAACAGCUGUUCCUUCUCCAUCUCCUUUUUCUUCCUUUACCAAUAAAAUAAAGGAAACGUCAAAUGCGUUCACCUCAUUUUCUAUGCAAAAUAAUGCAGCAAUAACGUUGAAAGAUGCGACCCCCACUUUUGAAGCUGAUAAUGAAACUGAGGAAAAUCUUGACAAUUCCGAAGAAUCUAUAGGUGAUGUCAGUGGACCAGAUGCAGUGCAAGAUGUUUCUGAGGAUGUGACCAAAAUUAAGCAAGCCCCUGAAAUAAGCGAACCAGAAUCUGAGAUUGAGGAAUCAGUUGAAGAGUUUGAACAAGAUAAAUCGGAAUCAGAUAAUAAGUUUGAACCAAAAGAAUGUGAAUUGGAGGAUGGGUUUGACGCGGAAGUUGUUGGAUUUGAAGUGAAACAAGAUGAAAAGAAUAAUGUUUUAUCGGAAGAGACGGAUAUGGAAGCAAUUGAAAAGACAGAAUCGGUUCAAAAUACAUUAGAAAGUAAUGAACCAAUACUUCAUCAGACUUUAAAGCAUGAUGAUUUGCCAAAAAGUUUAGAAGAAGUAACAGAUUUUCCAGAGGUCGAAGGUGAAUCUCCACAUGCAGAAGAUGAAAAUGAAACAGAUGAAAGCAUUGAAUCUUUUGAAGAUCUAUCUGGGGUUGUUUGCUCGGAUGGUGAAGGGAUUUGUGAUGUAGGUGUUGACGCAACAGUUAAUGUGACGUCAAAGGGGAUCCAGGUAGUGUCAAAAACUAAUUCGAUAGAAAUGCAAACUGAAACACCGGAGGUUGAUGACAAAUGUAUACCAUAUGUUACUUCUACCAAUGCUGAAGUUCAAACAACAGAAUAUAGCAUGUGUGAUUUUGAGGUACAGACAUUUGAAGGAAGUGAAUCUUAUUUAGCUCAGUUGUAUAAACCAAAACCUCUGAAUGAAUAUUACAUGGACGCUGUGAUUGAUUCUAUGCCUCCGUUAAGUACAGAUCCUGUUAUGAAAUCUAUGGAGAAAACAUAUUAUCUGAUAGAAUCAGUACUAGAUGUAUUGAAGGAUAAUAUCACUAAUUUAGAUAAUUUUUUCAUGGAUCAGAGUACUAUAGAACUUGAAAAGAGAACCACUGAGACACUUCCAAACUUAUAUACUUGGAGAAUUUCUGAAACACAACGAUUGUAUGAUAUUGUUGAUGGCUUAAAGGAUGGUUAUUUGUCUAAUGGUGAUAAAUUGGAAGAAUUAAGCGACGAAGUUUCUGAAUCAACAGUUCAAGUGUUAAAGACUAAAAACGAAAUGGAUGAACUAAAAGAGUUUAUUUACCAAGUUUCAUUUAUGGCUGAUACUUCAAAGGAUAAUAAAUAUUGUAGAUUAAGUCUUCAUCAAACAAAGAUGCAAACCAGAUUACGUCAAAAGAUGAGUAGAGCAUAUGAUGAAUUGCGAAGUAUUACGGAGUCAUUGAAUAUAUUGAAAGUAUAUAUCUCGAAGGACAGUGGUAUUGAGAGGGAUGUAUUGAUUGAAAAGAUGAGUGAAGCUAAGAAACAUCAUCAAGGUGUAUUAGUUAACAUCAAAAAAUUACAAGGAGAUAUUGAAAAAUUAAGUUUAAUCCCUAACAAGGUGAAAAGUAAGGAUCUAGAUGAAUGUGAAGAUUUAGAAAAGGAAAAUAUUACAUCAAUUGAUAUUGUUGGACUUGGUAUGGAGCAAAAUACCAAGAGACAACUUGGUGAAUUCUUCAAGAGACUAAAUAAAUAG